AUGAAUGAAAGAUUCAAAAAAAUUAUUGUCUUAUUUGUUCUGGCUUGUAGCUAUGUCGAAGUUGUUUGGUCAGAAAACUAUGAAUUUCCAUCAUCAAUUAGUUCUCUAACUCAAGGAACAAGUUUUUCUUUGCCAUCAUCUUAUUCAUGGCAUGCAAAUGGUGAUGUCUAUAGACCUAUUAGUACAAGCAAUUUCCCUUUACAUAGCUAUGGAAUUAAUCGAAAUGAAGACCCAUCCAAAAAAAUUCAUGAAGAAGUAAAAGCCAUUCUUGCGGAAAUGAAUAAAGUUAUAAAGACUGAUGAACACAUACAAGAUAAAAGUUUAUGGAAUCUUCCUCAAGAACCUGAAACUACAAAAAGAUCAACAUCCAUGACUAAAAUAACAUCAUCUACAACCAGUAGAGCCACCACCAAACGAUUAACAACCAGAUUGCCUUCAAAAUGCACAACACCUUAUCACUAUGAAGUUUACCAUCAUUAUGGAGAUACUUUUGGUGACAAUAAACUCUUAGACAAUACAUACAUUGCCAAAAAUAAUUACUUUGAGGAUCAGCCACCACUUGGACCAGGGCCUUUAGCAAAGGCUUUAUUUUCAAGUGGGUAUAAGUGGGGAUUUACUGGGUAUGAUGACUCAAAUAGUGGCCGAAAUUGGGAUAAAAAUGCAGACAAAAAAUGGAGAGCAACAACUAAAGCUCCUUAUUUUGAGAACAAGGUUCCAGGAGAGGAUAAGAUUCUUCCAGCAAGUUCUGUUUCUGGAGCAGCAACAGCAGUUGGAGUAGUGUCACUCCUUCCACUCAUAGUUCCUCCAUAUAAACCUCUUAUGUACUGCGGUAAUACAGAGUUACAGCAAUUGCCUAUUCGAAUUAAUGAAAAAGAUAUCUACAUUUGUAACAAAAAUACAUUUGAGAUUUCAUGUCCAGAUAAUUUUAUGAAUCAGAUGAAUAAUAUUUGCAUGAACAAGAAGCUGCAGUGUGACUUAAAGUACAAUGAAGUUAAUGGAAACAUCUUCUGUAGGAAUGGAACUUUAUACAGUAAGGCAAACAUUUAUUGCACCUCUACUACAACAAUUAGGGGAAGAAUCGAGACCAUGGAUAUUUUAGAAUGUCGAGAAGGUCAGAUACCCAGUCACUUAGGCUCAUUUAUUCCAACCACAACUCCAAAUUCCUUCUUUACAACAACAACAUCAAAACCAAAGCCUUUAUCUUUUGGUGCCCAAGCUCAUCUUUUUAUACUGAAACUUAUGGGAAAAUUCGAUGUCGUCAAAACAGAAACAACAACAGAAAGUUAUCCUUCAACAAAACAGUUUGCAUGGCAUCCAGUUCCUAUGUCAGUUCCUUCAGAAAUUACGACUGGCUACAUACCAACCGUUAAAGACUAUUCUAACACAGAUUCAGCAAAGAUUUUUGUGGAAACUCCAACAUCAUCAAGCUUAACAGCAACUACAGAAGCUCCUUACGAAUGGAUGAGAAUUGUAUUUUAUCAAAAUAAUGAAACAAAGUUAGAACACUUGCCACAGGACUUAGUUGAAAUUGCAGAACAUAUACACUCAUCUGAAAUCCCCACAAAUUGGAUGAAAGUAUUUAAAAGUGAUCGAUCAAGAACAACAGUUCCAAGCUCAGACACUGAAAAAGGAAAUUGUAAUUAA